AUGAAAUUAAAUAAAAUAAUUUCAAAUUAUUUAUUAAUAAUAAUAAUUUCAUUAAUAAUAAUAACAACAUCAACAAUUGUUAAUGGUUGUAAAGAUGUUGUAUUAGAUUAUACAGAAGAUGUACCAAGUAGUUCAACUUCAACAUGUUUAGGAACAACGCCAUCAGUAACAUUUAAUAAUUAUCAGGUUUAUAGUGUUUUCAAAAUUUCACCAACACCAAUUUCAAUUGCAACCGAUGUAAAUAAAAAGAUAGUAACAUUUAAAUAUGAUACAACAUAUACUUUAAAUUAUAAUGUUGGAGAAGGUUGUACAGAAAAUACAAAAGCAUUUAAAUAUGAUUCAUUAUCACCACCAGUUGCACAAUUCACAGUUACUCAAGGAAAAUGCUCAUACUCUGAAAGUUCCAUAACAAUAACAAAUCCUCAAUCAAUAUCAGAAUAUGAACUUAAAUUAAUUAAUUCUACUAAUGGUGGUGGUAAUGGUAUUAUUAAAUUAAAUUCAACCAAUCCAACUGCAACUAUAAGUAAAAGUGGUCAAUGGAUAUUAUCAGAUUCUAGUUUAGGUGCUUCAUAUGAACCAUGUGAAAGAGUGAUUUCAAUUGAUCAACCAUCAACAGGCUAUCCAGAGUUUACAAUUACUUCACCAAGUUGUUAUGGUAAUAAUGGUUCAAUCGUUGUAUCAUCAGCUACUGCUUCAAGUUUCACUUCAAUUACUUUAACAAAUACAUUGAAUGGUAAUUUAAUUACAUCAUCAAGUGUUGGUUCAUUCACUUCACUUGAAAGUGGUAAUUAUAUAUUAUCAUUGACAAGUAAUGCUUGUGGAAAACAAUUAAUUCCUGUAGCCCUGGAUCCAAUAAUGCCAAGAUUAGCAUUCACCUACACCGAUGUAACAUGUCCAUCAAAACCAAAGAUUAAAGUAUCAAUUGAUGAUCCAAAUAUCCCAUCCACUGAAACAUUUACAAUGACAAUCAAUGGUAUUGCAUCAAUUGAUAAUCUAUUAUCACCAAUUAUCACAUUAGAAAAUCAAACUUCUCUUCCAUUUACAUUCUCUUAUAAAAAUUGUUUAUCAAGUUUUUCAUUACCAAUGAAUCAACCACAAAUGAAUUUAGCAUUUUCAAUUGAUAGCCAAGAGAAUUCAUUAUACGAUUGCUCAUUAACAUCAUCAUCAUCGUCGAUUAAUUUAAAUUAUGAUAAAUCAAGUAUUACAGAUUUAAAUGUUAAAUUAGUUAAUGAUGGUAGUACUAUAACACCAAUUGAUUCAAAUUUAAAUAAAUAUUCAAUUAAAACUAAUCAACAAUUAUCAAUUUCAUCAUCAUGUUAUGUUAAUCCAUUAUUCAUUGAAUUACCACAACCUGAACCAAUUAUAAAUGUUGAUGGUGGAAUUAAUGGAAUAGGUUGUUAUGAGAAUACUACGAUUUCAGUUUAUAAUCAUUUAGAUUUUUCAUCAAUAAAACUAGUACCAUUAGAUUCACCAACUACCUCUAUACAAUUAAAUAGUGAAACUGGUCAAUUUACAAAUAUUUAUCGUAAAUCUUAUAAUUUAGUUUACCAAUAUUGUUCAACAUCAAUUGAAUCAAGUAAAUUAUUAAAUCUUGCAAGUUCAACUUUAACUUCCUCUCAAUAUAUUUUGGAACAAGAUAGUACUACAAAUGAUUUAGAUUGUAAAACUGGUGGUGUUACUGUAAAAGCAACUUUUAUAAAAUCAGAUUCAACAAAAUUAGAUCCAAUUUAUUCUUUUUUUAAUCCAAAUCAAAUUACACCAAUUCAAUUUAAAAUCAAUGAUAAUUGUAUAAUUGAUUUAAAUUUUAAUCAAAAUAUUACUUUUAAUUCAAAUUAUUUAAAUUUAAAUAAUAAACCAAUAAUUAAAAUUAAUAAUUCAACAUGUUUAUAUUCAAAUGAUGGAUCAAUUGAAAUUGAUGGAAAUGGUAUUGAUAUUGGUAGUGUUUUAAUUGGUGAUCAAUUAUUUAGAAAAUCUUCAAAUGGAGUAUAUGGUGGUUUAAAUGUUGGUAGUUAUCAAGUUUCUUUAAUUUAUAGUACAAUUAGUUCAAAUCUAUUUUGUGGUGGUCAAAAAUAUGAUGUUGGUACCGUUACCAUUGGUUCAAUUGAUUCUAGUUUUAAUGUUGUUGUAAAUUCAGUUUCAAAUGCUAAUUGUCAAACUAAUGGUAAUGAUGGUUCAAUUACAAUUGAAAAUCCAACAACAUUUAAAUCAAUUUCAAUAGCAAGUGGUGGUGGUGGUGGUACAAAUGUUGCAGUUAAUGGUGUUUUAUCAAAUUUACAAUCAGGUUUACAUAAAGUUGAUUUCGAAAGUAUUGAUUCAAAAUGUAAAGGUUCAUUCCCAGUUUUUGUUGGUAGUGCAGGUACAGAACCAACUAUUACUUUAAAUUUAAUUCAACCUUCAACAUGUUAUUCUGAUCCUUCAAUUUCAUCAGUUUCAAAUGUUAUUGGUGAUGGUAUUCUCUCUAUUGGUAUAUUUAAUUCAUCAGGUGAUAGUACGGAAGUUUCAAAAGUAAUUGAUGUAAAUUCAAAUAAUUUACAAUUCACAAGUCAAACUGGUGCUAUACCAAUUUCACCAGGUAAUAAAGUGUUAAUCAUUUAUUCCGGUACAUGUGCUUAUAGAAAAACUAUAACAAUUCCACAUACCGAUCCAUCAUUAUCAUAUAGUUCAACCUUUGAUUACAAUUGUUUUAAUCAAUUUGAAAAUGGUAUAAUUUCAAGUUCAUUAGAAUCAAAUUUCAAUGUUGUUAUAAAUUCAGUUAAAGUUACAACAACAACACCAACACCAACACCAACUACUACAACUUCAAUUAUUAAUAACUCACCAUUUGUAAUUAAUAAUUUACAAAGUGGACAAUAUUCAGCAUUAGUUAAAUGGAACUCAGUUUGUCAAUCAGUAUUACCAAUUGUAACGAAAUCAGUUAGCCCAAUAACACCACCACCACCAACUUUUACAAUUACUCAUGAUACUUCAACUUGUUUAUCAGAUUAUAACUAUCAUUUACAAAUUACAAAUAUGGAAAAAUAUUCGAGCGUUUCAAUUAACGGUAGAAUUCAAGAUGAUUCAAAUGGUAAUUUCUUUAUGUUACCAGUUACAAGUGGUGAAAUCAUUUAUAAAGAUAAAUCUACUCAAUGUAUUGGUAAGGUUAAUUUCAAUUUUGACCCUUUGACAACAACCGCCACUCCUUUAUCAACAAAUCCAAACAUUAAUAAAACAUUUGAAACAUGUCAUGGAUCAUGUGAUGGAACAUUACAAAUUAGUAAUAAUAUUUUAAAUGAAACUUAUUAUCAUUAUUCAUCAAUUUCAAUUAGAGAGAAUAGUAAAAGAUUUUUAACACCAUUCAAACCAUCAAUGUCAUCCGGUAUUAAUUAUUAUGGAAUUUCAACAACAAAUUUAUUAUUUAAUGAAAUUGGUAAAUCGAAUCCAUUUUGUAUAAUUUCAAAACCAAUUUCAUUUACAUCUUUUGAACCGAUAAUUGUAAAUUUAAAUGGUGAAUCAUGUUUAGUAUUUAAUAAUGAUACCGAUAUGGUUUUAUAUACAAAUGUAACAAACCCACAAACAAAUAUAUCAACCAUUGUAGUUUCAUAUAAGGGUAGUUCAAAGAAUAUUGGCUCCAUUGAAGCUAUGGUCAGAGUAUUUGAUGAUGAAAAUAGUGAUAUUGAAUCAUUGCCAACUAGUUUAACUGCAACUUAUAAAUUGGUUAAUACUAAUACACCAAGUUCAAUAAUUCCAUCAACAAGUAAUAGCAUUGCUGAUUAUGAUAAUUUAUCAUUUGGUAAUUAUUUAUUAACAGCAUCAAUCACUAAUAAACAAUGUAAAAGAUCUUUAGUACAAUCAUUUAAAUUGGAUAAUACAACCAAUAAUGCAUUCUUAAUUAAAUUAGAUACUACCAAUUAUUGUGAAGCUGUUAGAAUAGUACCAUUCAAUAUGAAUCUAUUAUUUAACUAUUAUAUCACAAAUUCAUCAGGUGGUUUAGUUUAUCAAUAUUUAAAUAAAACCGGUGUUGUAAUUAGUGAUUAUUUGGAUAGUGAAAUGCAAUACACUGUAAAAGCAGUUCAAAUCAAUAGUAAUGGUGGUGAUCAAUAUAUAAGCUCAUGUAAUUUGAUUGUCCAAUCAAAAAUUUGCCCUGUUAAUAAUGAUUCUCAAAUUAAAUUAAUCGUUGGUUUAGCAUUAGGUUUAUUGGUUGCUGCUUUCAUCAUAGUAUAUGCUAUCUAUAAAUUAAGACAAAGACAAAUUAAAAAGAAUAAUAAUGAAAAAUUAAAAGAAAAUGAACAUCCUCAAGAAGAUGAUGAUCAAGAAGAAGAAAUUGAUGAAAAUUAUCGUCAUCAUAAUAUGAUGGUUGAAAUGUAA